AUGUCAGAAACAGAGAAGACUGCCAAUAAAGCAGCAUCUGGGCCGAACAGCCCGAGCCCGGAGUCGCCGACUACUGCGCGCCCCUUAGACUUUGACGAUGAAGUCCAAGAGACCGGAGUCACUUCUGCAUCCUCUUCAGCACAGCAGAGCACCGCGGAGGCGGCCCCGCCAAAACCACCCCGUCCCUUGUCUCCGCGCCAACAAGCAGAAAACACCCUCAAAGAAGCCUUCCCGUCGGUGGAGCUGUCUGUAGUCAAGGCCGUCUUGGUAGCAAGCUCUUAUGAUGUGGAGCGAGCUUUCCACGCUCUUCUCGGUUCGCAUAGUAUUCAGGAUAUCUGGCGGGCAGGACUAAUUUCUUCAGGCAUGACGGACCCAAGUGCAAAUGCGCAGGACGACUACGUGCCACCAAAACCGCCGCGCCCAUCGGCGACGCAGAGGCAGCUGGAAGCCGAUGAGCUCUAUGCUCGCCAACUUGCUGAACACUACAACCGCCGUGCACAGCCACAGCCACCUCGCGGAGGUGAUGAUGAUGCCUAUCAACAGCAUAGAGGCGUGAGCAAUGAAGCAGAGGAUAAAGAAUACAAUUUUUUUGACGAUGAUCUUCCCGUGAUCCGCGAGAACAUCCGUAAAGGGUUCCUUGACACCCAGUCCAAGGUCAGCUCAUGGGUACAGAAUUUGAAAAAGAGGAUUGAUGGCGAUGACGAAGAGGAGGCUACACAUGUUGCACGUGGAUAUGGAGAUGAGUAUCAUGGCCGGCCACGGAGAAGUGGUGACCUAGGUCGUCGCAGUGGGGAUCGCGAGCGGUACGAUGCAGAUCCGCAGGUGCUGAGUGAUGAUUUUUCCGCACUCGAACUUAGAGACUCGGAAGUACCCCCCGCCCGUCCGCCGCGGCCGCUUGCGAAUUCCGCCUUGUAUAAAAGCUCCUCAUCAUCACCAGACAGACGCAAGGUCUCUUUCCAGGAGGGGCCCCCUACAGAAAUCGGGAAUCUUUACGAUGCCUCUGAGCCAGCUAAGCGGCAAUCCCCCGCGGGAGGGAAGUCGAGCAAAUGGCAGCCUCUUUCGACGGUUGAGCCAUCUCCGAUUGGCGAAAAUGACCCGUUUAGCUUAGGCGAUAGCGACGACGAGAAAGACACCAAAGCUAAGGAUUCAAUCACUACCGAAGCACACAAAACGACAAUUGAACCUUCAUCCGAGGAGCUCGACUCGGGCCCACAAGGGGGCGACAGAGUAGAGAGCGCUGGGAAAUCGUGA